CAACAGAUAGAAAGGAUAAGUUUUAUUAUUUAAUUGAUAGACUAUCUAUUGAUAUUUCUGACAUAUCUUUAAUAUGUAAAUUAUCAAACAUUAAUAAUUAUAUAAUUAAUCGUAACAUUAAUAAUUUUACAUCUAAUAGUCUUCUUAAGUAUUUAGAGAAUAAUAAAGUAUAUGAUUAUACAAAAUUUAGUACAGUUAAAUUUGAUAUAGAAGAUGUUAAAAGGAUGUUACAAAAUAAAAAAGUACAGAAUAGAGAAUUUUUAUCUAACUACGUAUUAAAACAUUCUUAA